AUUCCUGCCGUUAAAAACUCAAUUUUAAUUUAGUGUUUUUUAUUAAAUAAUUUUUUAUAAAGUAUUACUUAAUUAAUUACAAGUAUUAUUUCCCUUACCGUCUAUUGUAGAUAAAAUUUUUCAAUAAAGUGUAACAAAAAGUGUGCAUACAAAUUAAAAGAUUUUAAGACUUUGCAAGUAUGCAUCCAAUUCGAUUCGCCUGGACAGAGAUAAGGUGAAGUACACCGUUUACUUUGAAUUGGGUAAACAUUUCAAAAACAUCAGCUGUUUGAAACUUCUAUGUGUCCUGUUGCAAAUAUUUUCCGCGUUGCAUUGCGCAGGAGCAGGACAAAUGUCAAAUGAAAAAUCGAUAAAGCUUUUUUCCUCGCAUCAAGUAGUGUAUGUGCUAAAGAACUUCUUUCACUUGUUGGUAAAUAAUCAAUCAAAAUUAAUUAGAUAACUAAUAUCUAAACUUCCAUAACAAAAAAAAAAAAACAAAAUUGUGUUACUCAGCGCUUAAACAGCUUGCAGCUCAUUUGAAGCGCACAAACGCUUUGCUUACAUCACCCAAUUAAUGGCAGCAGCAUGAAUCCAGUGCCAAAUCGCGAGUAUAUCGAAGUGUGCGCUGCCGCCAUACACCACCAUCAGCAGCAUCCGUAUCCACAGCAUCAGCAUCAACAUCAUCAGCACCAUCAGCAGCAUCAAGCAGUCGCACUCAAUACGUUGCUGAACAACGCACCGCCCCCACCACCGCCACCCGUACAACUCCCACACCCGCACGAGCUGAAGGCGCCACCACAUGAGCAUCAGCCACACUGCAAGCAACAGUGUUUUGUUUUCACAGAGAUUGCGGACAUUGAACUGCCGCCGGAGAUCACAAAGCUCGGCGGUGAGAAGUUGAAGAAUGGCGCCAUCGCCGCUGCCGCAUACAAAAUGAGCGCGUGCAGUGAUAGUGGCAGUGAGCCCAGCCGUUCGUCGCGCAAUCGUCGCCUCAUUGUGGUGCUCGGUAUAAUGUUGGUGUGCAUAGCAAUGGCUGGUGGCAUCCCAUUGGCGCUGCAGUUACGCUCUUCCUCACUGUUGGAGGCUCGUCUGGCGUUCAUCCGUCGUUUGUUGACCGAGUCACCAUUGAUUGAGGGCUCCUCCUGGCAGCCACCAAUGCGUGAUCCUGUGAAUCGCUCGAGCAGUGGUCUGUUGAAUGAGGUGCGUCGCAAUCAUGUGGGCGCUGUGUUCUGGCCAAUCUCAGUGCCAUGUGGCGCUCAGUAUUUGGAUGCGGUGCAGCUGGCGUUGGAGGGCAUAGAUGAGGCGCGUCGCAUAACCGCCAACACAGAUGCUUUGCACAUCGUGCUCUCCGCUGACGAAAUGGAACAGACGCAUAUACGUGGCGAGGUCGCUGUAAUGUUGGGUCUAGGAGGCGGCCAUACAUUGGGCGCUAGCCUAGCGGUGCUGCGCUCGAUGUAUCUGCUCGGCGCGCGCUUUGUAUCGAUCACUAGUUUGGAAUGCACUACACCAUGGGCCGCCGCUUGCAUACGCAGCCAUGACUAUCUCUUCGAGGAAAACGCAACGCAUUCGAUAAACGAGUUCGGGAAGACUGUACUCUAUGAGAUGAACCGUUUGGGCAUGCUAGUUGAGAUUUCACAACUGUCGGAGGCGGCCAUGGUAACUGCCUUGCAUACCGCCAAGGCACCUGUUUUGCUUUUGAACGCCGUACCGAUCUCGCUCUGCAACAGCUCCAGCGUCGCCUCCAUACCCGAUCGUGUUUUGAGCUUGCUCUCGGACAAUGGCGGCGUUAUAAUGCUGAACUUGGAACGUUGCGACGAGCGUCGCUUCUCGGUGCGCGAGGCAAUCAACGCUAUUAACUAUGUGCGUAAGGUGGCUGGCGUGGAUCACAUUGGACUUGGUGGCGCGCCCAAAAGCUAUGCUUUUCUACUCGCUGAACUGGCACGCGAUCGCGUUUGGGGUAAUGCGGCCAUCAAGAAGUUAAUUGGCGGUAAUGUGGUGCGUAUUUUACGUGAAGUGGAGACACUGAAGAAUCGUUUACCGUUAUAUGAGGAUUGGAUACCACGCGAACUGGUGGAGAGCACAUCAUAUUGUCGCUACCCCGAGACAUAAGCGAGUUAUAUGAGUAAAUAACUCAUGGAACGAGAAUACAAAAUAUUUUGUUGGAGUUUUUUGUUAGUGUAUGCACAAAAACAGUUAAUCCCACCCACCCAAACCCCACUACGUUUACCUAUAUGACAUAAAUGCAUGCAUAUUCGAAUAGGGAUACAUACAAACAAACAUAUAAUACUAUAGAUAGCCUGAUAGCUAUUAGAUAUUCUCAAUAUGACUAGUUACAUUAAGACUAGUUACUAAUUACAUAUGUGUUAUAUGUACUAUAUUGAAUAUGUUUAUUGCUCUCUUUCGUUGUCUACUUUUCAAAACUCAGCGAAAGUAUUGUUUUGAAAUGUAAGAAGAAUAUAUUAACGAUUAUUAAUUAAUUCAUAUAAAAAUCAAUAAAAACCGAAAUGAAAAC